UACAGGAUGACGUUUUGGCUUGAAGCCGAUGCUUGUGAUGUCACAGGCGUCGCUUUGUAGAAAGUGUAUGGAUUAGGUCGCUUGAGGGCGUACUGGAUUUUGUGUGUUACUGAUUUUCCACGUCAUGGGAUAGUUGCCUCCCAGAGUUGCCUAAGUUUUCGUUUAAUUUUGUGAUACAAGCCCAAUGAUAUUGAACCUUGCCUGCUACAGUCUAUAACCAAAUUACAGUGCAUGGUGUCAUUACUAUGGGUCUUGGGCAACUAGUUAGUUCGCCAAAUCGUCCACCACAACAGUUCAAUAUCAACUUGUGUGACUGUCAUAUCCUCCAUCAUGAGUGUAACCGGCAUGGAUAUGAGCACAGAUCCAGAGGUUACCUUCAAGGACCACAAGUCGGACAGUAUUAGACCUGAGGACUCAGCUAGCCAAAGGGGGAGUAGCACCACCUCGGCGAGUUGGAGGAUACGGGCGAAGGCUAAGAGAGCUGCCUUAGCCGCAGAAGUAGCAGCUCUUAAAGACCAACAAGAACUUGAGAUAGAAGAAAUGAAGCUUAAACAACGGAAAGCUGAGCUUCUUCUGAAGACUAGAUUAAAGAUCGCUGAAGCGGAGGAAACCGUAUAUAGAGGUACUCGGUCCAUAGAACAGAAGACUGAGCCUUCCAAGUCUGAACCUUCACAACAAGGUUCAUCAACUCCUGCUAGAAUGAAGCCAGCAAGUGAAAACCAGAUACUGACCAGUCAAGAUGAUAAGAUAACUGGAAAGAUGGACUCUGACAUCUUACAUCAUCUACAGCAAGGACAGAGACAACAUCAACAGCUGUUGGAAGCCAUCACAAUUUCAAGUACCAACAUUAUGUCUUUUGAUGGUAACCCGUUGAAUUUCUUUGAGUUCAUACGAUCAUUUGAUAGUGUCAUUGGAAAUUCGUCAUUGGACAAUAACGCCAAGCUGCUCAAGUUGUAUCAUCUUUGUACUGGAGCUGCCAAAGACAUAAUCCAAUGUUGUCUCAUGAUGCAUCAAGAUGAUGGGUACUUUCAUGCCAGAACGCUUCUGAUGGAUCGCUUUGGAAGUGACCAUAAGAUCAGUGACGCCUGGAUUAGGAAGGUCACGGAAGGUCCAGUUAUUCAGAGCAAUCCUAAACAUCUGAGGGAUUUUGCUGAUCAGCUAAAGACCUGUGCUGAAACUUUGAUGGCCCUUGGAAUGCUUCACGAGAUGAGCAGCAGAAGUGAGCUAGUGAAGGUCAUUGAACGUUUGCCAUUCCAUCUGAAGAGCCGGUGGUUGCGUUUCGUAAAGACCAUCAGGGAUAGUGGCAGACAGCCUAACAUCCAGCAUGCAGUUGAAUUCAUCACCGGUGCAGCUGAUGAACUCAAUGAUCCUGUAUUUGGAGCCUUACUUAUGGGUGGACCAAAGAGUCUAGGAAAUGCAAGGAGUGUAAAGGAAAGAUCUGUGUCAGGUAGAGGUCAGGCAAGCAUGUUUACUACCUCUGUGAAUUCAUCGACCAAGAACUGCAUCAUGUGUCAGGACAGCCAUGACCUUUUCGGUUGCCAGGAAUUUAAAGCCAUGGAGCCUGAUGAACGCUUUGAUUUUGCCUUCAAGAACAGGCUUUGUUUCAAUUGCUUGUUACCUGGUCAUGUAUCCUCAAAGUGCAUCCUUAAUAGGACCUGCUCAGUCAAGGGGUGCAAUCAAAGGCAUACCAAGUUCCUCCAUACCGGGAGAAGGAUGAGACCAUCUUCAGGAAAUCCUACACCUUGGAGAACAAGAAGGGAAUCGAAUGACUCAUCAACUCAAACUGACUAUGAUGUAGCAUCUCAUGCUAGUUCCAAUGCCACGAGGGCCGGAGGUUGCAGAGUAGCCCUUCCAAUAAUUCCGGUUACUGUCAGUGCUGCAGAUGGUGGAGAAAGCAUUGAGACCUUAGCUUUGCUGGACCCUGGAUCUACGAACUCAUUCUGUCUGCAAGAAUUAAUAGAUGUGCUCCAGACAAAGGGGAAAAAGAAAGUCAUUCAGGUCUCAACACUGGAAAGCCCUAAAAGAGCAAUGGAAUGUGAAGCUGUGAAGUUGAGGGUUAAAGGUUCCACUGCAGACAAGAAGAUAGAGGCUGAAUUUCUAACUCGUCCGAGCCUUAACAUCAGUACUGCAAACAUGGCCAAGGAGGAAGAUAUUUCGAAAUAUCAACAUCUUUGUGGUAUUGAUCUUCCAGUCACAGGGAAGAACCAAGUAACCAUACUGAUUGGACAAGAUGUGCCUGAAGCCCUGAUGCCACUUGAAAUCAAAGCAGGUAAACCUGGUGAAGUUUAUGCUGUCAAGACAAUACUUGGAUGGACGUUAAAUGGUCCACUUGGAAAUGGAAGUAGUUUGCAGAGUUUCCAAGCCUCGUCUAGCUUCAUCUCUGAUGAUGGUAACAUGCUCCUGGAAGAACAAGUUCACAAAUUUUGGAAGCUAGAAGGGACAGAAUACCUUCAUGAUGAUGAAAAGAGCAUGUCCAUCAAUGAUCAGAAAGCCUUGAAGACCUGGCAGGAAGGAGUUUGCAGAGAUGGUGAUCACUAUCAACUUCCCAUUCCAUUUCGGAAGAGGCCUGAAGAUCUGCCGAAUAACAUCCAAGUUGCACUAACCAGACUAGAGUCACUGAAGAGAAGACUGGUAAAGGAUGAUUGUCUACAUGCUAAGUACAGUGAAGGAAUGAGGUCUUUGUUGGAUGAAGGGUAUGCUGAAGAGGUUAAGGACCAGGAUCUUGGGAAGGAUGAAGGAGUCUGGUACUUACCGCAUCACCCGGUAUUCAAUCCAAAUAAACCAGAAAAGACAAGAAUUGUCUUCGAUUGUGCUUCCAAGUACAAUGGAACUUCUUUGAACAAUGCGGUACUUCAAGGUCCAGACUUGACGAACAACCUUCUUGGUGUUUUGCUCAGAUUUCGCCAAGAACCUAUAGCCAUUAUGGGAGACAUAAGGGCAAUGUUUCACCAAGUUAGAGUCCCACCAGAGCAGAGAGACUUUCUUCGCUUCCUGUGGUGGCCAGAAGGAGAUCUUAUCCAACAUCCUAAGGCUUACAGGAUGUGUGUUCACCUAUUCGGUGGGACAUGGAGCCCAAGUGUUUGUAGUUUUGCUCUUAGACAUACAGCUGAAGAAUUCAAGACCGAAUAUUCUCCAGAAGCAGUGGAUGCUGUCGGUCGUAACUUCUAUGUAGAUGACUGUCUCGUCUCAUGCAAAACAGAAGAUUAUGCAAUCAAGCUUGUAGCUGAACUCAUGACGCUGCUCAAGAGGGGUGGAUUCGAAGUGACCAAGUGGAUAAGCAACAGCCCAGCUGUGAUCAAGUCUGUACCUUUGGAAGAUCGAGCUAAAAACAUUGUGGGACUUGAUUUGAAUCGGGAUGCCUUACCAGCAGAAAGGGCACUUGGAGUAACAUGGGAUGUAGAACUGGACUGCAUCACCUAUAAGAUCACCCCCAAGGGCAAACCAGUAACGAGGAGGGGAAUUCUGAGUGAGAUAGCAUCAAUAUAUGACCCCUAUGGAUAUGCCAGUCCAUUCGUCUUGGUUGCCAAGAGAAUCCUCCAGGAUCUAACUGCUCUGAAGCUUGGAUUUGAUGACCCAGUUCCAGAUGAACACCAUUCCAGAUGGCUAAAAUGGAAAGAAUGGCUUCCCUUAAUGAGCAACUUCAGAGUGAGCAGGUGUUUCAGACCGUUUGAUGAUGUGAACGAGUACCAACUGCAUCAUUUCUGUGAUGCAUCUGAGUCGGCGUACGGUGUAGUGUCUUACCUGCGCAUGACCAGUGAAGGAGGACAAGUCCAUUGCAACAUAAUUCUGGCUAAAGCAAAAUUAGCACCUCUGAAGAAGAUGACAAUACCUCGCUUAGAGCUCAUGGCGGCAGCACUUGCAGUCACAAUGGAUAGAAAGAUCAGAAAGGAGCUGGACUUUCCCUUGAAUGAGUCUGUCUUUUGGACAGAUAGCACAAUAGACCUCCAUUACAUCCGCAGUGACAACAAGCGCUUUCGGACAUUUGUGGCUAACAGGAUAUCUACCAUCCGUGAUGCCUCGGAGCCCAGGCAGUGGAGAUAUGUCAACACAGAAAAGAAUCCAGCUGAUGAUGUAUCAAGAGGUCUAACGCCAGACAAGCUCAAUGGCAGAUGGCUCAAGGGACCAUCCUUCCUAUGUGCUGAUGAGAUGGAAUGGCCUAUCGCUCCAGCUGAUCUGCAAGUGCCACCAAGUGAUCCAGAAAUCAAACCACCUACAGAAAAUGCCAGUGCAUUCACAACUCAGUCAGAGGAGAAGUCAUUGGAAAGGCUAAUCAACACAUAUUCCUCCUGGUAUAAGCUGAGGAGGGGAGUGAGCUGGCUAUUGAAGUUCAUGCAGUGGUUGAAACUCAAAGGAAAAACCCAGACAGAGCAAGAGCUGAGGGACUUCAAAAGGAUCAGUUACGACGACAUGCAGAAAGCAGAGAAGAGAAUUUUGCAUUACGUGCAAAAAUGUUUCUUCCAGAAGGAGAUUGAAUCAUUGACCGAUUCAGAUGGUAAAGUGACAAAGACAAGUCAACUCUACAAGCUGGACCCUAAGAUAGACGAGGAUCUUCUUAGAGUUGGAGGAAGAUUGGAGAGAUCAGCUCUACCAUUAGAAGCUAAACACCCAGUCGUCUUACCCAAGGGAAGUCACGUGUCAGAUCUGAUCUUGAGAGAUGUUCAUGUAAAGGCAGGGCAUAGUGGAAGAAAUUAUGUCCUUUCUGUGCUUCGUGAGAAGUAUUGGAUGCUUGGAGCAGGAGCAGCUAUCAGGAGCAUGAUUAGCAGAUGUGUCAUGUGCAGGCGGCAAAGAGGGAAGAUGAUGAGUCAGAAGAUGGCUGACCUGCCUGAGAAUAGACUGUUACCUGACGAGCCUCCAUUUUCCAAGGUUGGCAUUGACUAUUUCGGCCCCUUUGAGGUUAAAAGGGGUCGCAGCAUGGAGAAGAGAUAUGGAGUCAUGUUUACAUGUCUUACCACACGCGCCAUUCAUUUGGAAGUCGCUCAUUCUUUGGAUACGGACUCUUGUAUCAGUGCCAUUCGUCGUUUCAUCGCUCGCAGGGGCAAUAUCAAGGAGAUGCUCUCAGAUAAUGGCACUAAUCUUGUGGGCGCUGAGAGAGAGCUGAAAAGAGAAAUAGAUGGAUGGAACAAAGCUCAAAUCAGCGCAGACCUGCUCCAGAAAGGCAUCAAAUGGACUUUCAACCCACCCACUGCUUCCCAUUUUGGAGGAGUCUGGGAAAGGCAGAUUGGGACUGUGAGAAAGCUCAUACUGGCAGUAACUAAGCAACAGGUGCUCUCAGGUGAAAGUCUGACAACUCUCUUCUGCGAAAUUGAGAGCAUCGUCAACAACAGGCCUCUAACAAGUGUAUCAGAUGAUGUCAAUGAUCUUGAGGCCUUGACUCCCAAUCACCUACUUCUGCUGAACAGGAAGCCGCAACUGCCACCAACAGUGACGGACAGAUCAGAUGUCUACUCGAGAAGGAGGUGGCGUCAAAUACAGUAUCUCGCCGACGUAUUCUGGAGGCGCUGGUCUAGAGAGUACUUACCGCAGUUGCAAAGAAGAGAAAGAUGGGUACCAUCGCAUCGCAAUCUUCAGAUUGGUGACUUGGUGCUGGUUGCCGAUGCAAACACUCCGCGGAAUUCGUGGCUGCUGGGAAGAGUACUUCAAACUUUCCCAGACAAGAAAGGCUUCACCCGUAGUGCGAACAUCAAGACAAAGAAUAGCGUAAUUGUUCGUCCUAUCUCGAAAUUGUGCCUGAUUUUGGAAGGAGAUUGUUAA